GGCCCGCGACUGCUGUUUUAACACAAUCGUCUCAGACACGAUUGCUCUUGUUGGGGUUGCCCGUUGCCAAGGUCCCCUCGGCUUCCCUCCCCAAUUCAAGAAUUCAACAUUUUAACUGCAACAUUAGGGUUUUGGUUUGGUCUUUACUCUCAUUCUCGAUCACCACGCUUCCUUGAACCCAUUCUCGCCCUUUGUUUCUUCACCAUGGAUGUCACCUCAGCACAGUCCACGCACAGUCCAAACCCCCGAAGACAACACGAACUCAUGCUCCAAGAAUCAAUUGAUCACUUUCUGUCCGAAUUCUACAAAUUCCAGCCCGAUUUCUCUGGCUUGAGCUCUGUUUUCGCCCGAUUAGUCCAAACCAUGCACGAUCCACCUCUCGAAAUCAUCUGGUUUUACUCUGCAUUGACCUUUCGCAGCAAUUCUGCAGCCGACGACCCUUUGGCGAGAGUUUCAGUGGUUAAAGACCUGUUUCAGUUGUUGGUAUCUUGUUCCGCUUCUUGUAAUGGCGUGAAAAGGGUCGCUCUUCUUGCUCCGGUGAUCUUCAAGCUGUGUGAGUUGGUGACUAGUGAGAAUAUUUUUUGGUUGAGGAGGGAGAUCGAUUGCUUUGUGGAAGGAAUUGUUAGUUACAUUACAAUGUGUUGUUGCCAAGAUUCGGAGAAUGAUGAUGGAUCAGUUCAUCUUACGGGGUGUUUUGUCGAUUUGCUUCGUGUCUGGACGGUUGAUCAGGGCGAGGAGAAUCGCAAUUUUGAGGAAGCUUUGAGGCUAUUUUUCCCACUUGUAAGUGAAGGGGUUCGGCAAGGAGUUGGAGUAGGAUGUGGAGCUGGUUAUUUAGCUGGGGUUGUUACGAGUGAGGCUUUUCUACUAUUGUUUUGCUUUAAGUUUGGGUCUGGCGGACCUAAGGCGGAAUUGCAGAAGAACCUGCUGAGUUGGGCAUCUGAUUCAAUAAUUGGAUUUAAAAAUUGGUACUUCUUUGAUAUUAUUCUCAGGACACUGCUAGAUCCAAUUUUGCCAGUCACCUCUCUAUUGGUUAGUAUGCUUUUAUUUGAUUGCCCGAUGCUCAUUGUUAUUGAACUUCCGCAGUUCCGCGGUUUCAUUGGAUCAUGGAAGCCCUCUGAGUUUAUAAGGAGGUUAUGGAUAUAUCUUCAUUCUUCAAGUCCUGAAGAUGAAGUUCUUAUGCGAAGAGUGCUGUACGAUACUAUGGUAAUGAUAGAGCAUCCAUUCCUUGACUCUGACAGCGUUCUGCUACCUGCCAACUGCCUAAAAAAUCUUGCUAUAACGUGGUUGCUUGUUGCAGACGAUGCAGUACAGUUUAUUAGGAAACAUGGUGACCAAACGAAGGCCAUUUCCUAUAUAGAUGCCUUUACUGAAUCUCGCCUAAUUUCACAAUUAAUUGAGUGGAUCAGUAAUCAUGCUGGGAUGAAGCAGAAGUUGGGGAGACCAAAUGUUUCCACACCCGCUGAUCUUAUCAGAUGGCUAUUAAUCCUUGAAGAUCAAGGGGUAAGGUUAUUUGAUCACAUUUUCAAGUUUCAUGACAAAGCAAUUGUCUACAAGUCUAGGGCAGACCAAGAGUUCUCAGUUUUCGAGCCUGAUAUCAGGAGCCUGGAUAAUGUUUUCUUGCCCAAUGAUAGCAAAGGGGAAGAGAAAGUAGAAGUUGUUGUGGAUCAAGCAACUGUUGGUUCUGUUGAUGCUGUGUUUUUAGCUGCCACAUGCACAUCAAAGUUAACAGGAGCUGACAGGAGAAGAAAGCGCAAAGAAGGGGAUAGAGUUGAGGGGAAAACACAGGCCAAGUUUGUCAAAUAUCACUUGGAUGAAAUGUCAAUUGGACAGAAGUUUUUGUCAUCUGGUGAUGAAGAUGGUUUGAGUAGUGGGAAUGAGGUUGAGAACUUAGUGUCUGAUGAAGAUAUGGAAGAUAUGGAACAUUAACGACUAUGUGGCAGAGAAAUGCAUGAGAACACAACAGAGAACAUUUUGAGCAAUUGUAUCUAUUUGAACCCACAAAGAUGUUAUCUUCUCUCGCUGGAUUCCUGAGAAUUUUGUCUGCACUCUGCCCUGCUAGCCUGGUUUUAGUAUGUUUUAACUGCAAGCUGAUCUCAAAGGUGCUGUGUGCAAUUGGGAUGGUUCGUAAGAUGUUCUACUGACUUCUUUGCCUACCUAGUCCAACCUACAAAUAGCUGAUUUUGCUACCGGUUGCUUCUCUGUUAGUCUCUCAACAGUCUUCUGCCGUCAGCCUGCCCAUCUCCAUUUUCCCAUGUGCUAUUUUUAUUGUUCAUAUAGGAAAUUUUUAGCUUUGGUUAGUGCUAUAAAAUGAGCACCAAUAUCUGGUAUUUUGGUUUCGAUUUUCUGUUUCGGUAGUUAAUUUCUUGGCAUUUGGUGUUCAUUUUCAGUUUUAGAAAUAAACUGAACUAAAAAAAAAUCGAAGGCAAAAUUAAUGAAUGUUUUUGGUUGACCAUCUACUA